UGAACAUAAAUAAAAAAAAACACCCAUCUCUCCCUCUAUCUCCUCCAACUUCCUUCCACCAUGGCUUCCGAGCUCCACUUCGUCCUAGUCCCUUUCAUGGCGCAAGGCCACUUACUCCCCAUGACGGACAUCGCCAAGCUCCUAGCCCAACACGGCGUCGUUGUCACCAUCGUCACGACCCCGGUCAACGCCGGUCGAAUCCGCGGCACCGUUUCCCGUGCCGUGGAGUCCACCGGCGUCCGAAUAACCGUCGCUGAGCUCGAGCUCGAGCUCCCAUCCGACGGAGUGGGCCUGCCGAAGCACUGCGAGACGCUGGACCAGCUCCCUUCUCUGGACAAAGGGAUCGACCUUUUCUACUACAUGGGCCGAGCCCUCGAGAAGCCCAUGGAGAAGCUCUUCGAGCAGCUCAGGCCCAGGCCCAACUGCGUGAUCUCCGACAUUUCCUUGCCCUUCACCAGCACCGUGGCCAGAAAAUUUGGCGUGCCGAGGAUUACUUUCAAUGGGUUCUCGGCCUUCGCCCUGCUCUGCCUCCGCAACAUACACCAAGGUGCCGACAUGCUGGAGAGCGAGAAGGGCGUGUUGGCGAGCUUGGGGUCCGACUCGGACCGGUUCGUCGUGCCCGGUUUACCCGACCGGAUCGAGGUGACGAUGGACCAGCUGCCCAUGGCCAUGGCCAACCGGAUGGAUCUGCUCGGCGAGCAGGUCAUAGAAGCGGAAGGCUACUCGUACGGGAUGAUCAUCAACUCGUUCGAGGAGCUGGAGCAGGAAUACUUCACGAGGUACAAGGCUGCAAUGGGUGGCAAGGCCUGGUCUGUGGGCCCUGCCUCGUCGUGCAACAAAGACCGGUUGGACCGGUUGGAAAGGGGCAAUCCUCGAUUAGCGAUCAGCGAAUCGGAAUGUUCGAAGUGGCUCGACUCUCAAGAGUCCGGCUCGGUCGUUUAUGUUUGCAUGGGCAGUUUGUGCAACAUCCCGACUCCACAGCUGAUAGAGCUUGGGCUGGGCCUGGAAGAGUGGACCGGCCCGUUCGUGUGGGUGGUUAGGGAGGGAGAGACUUCCAAAGGUCUGUUGAAAUGGAUGGAAGAGUACUUCUUCGAGGAGAAGACCAAAGGUCGAGGACUUGUAGUUCGUGGAUGGGCACCACAAAUGGUGAUCUUGUCACACCCCGCAGUCGGGGGUUUUUUGACGCAUUGUGGGUGGAACUCGACUCUGGAAGCGGUAUGUGUCGGCGUGCCAAUGGUGACAUGGCCACUCUUUGCCGAUCAAUUUCUCAACGAGAGACUCAUCGUGGAUGUGUUGAAGAUCGGAGUGGCAAUCGGGGCAGAGGACACAGUGAAGUGGGGAGAAGAAGAGAAGACAAAAGUGUUGAUCAAGAGAGAAGAUGUGAGGCAAGCUAUUCAGAAACUAAUGGUUGAAGGAGAUGAAAAGGAGAUGAGGAGAAAGAGAGCCAAAGAGCUUAGUGAAAAGUCCAAACUGGUCCUUGAAGAAGGAGGGUCCUCUUAUCUUAACAUGGAGCUCUUGAUCCAAGACAUCAUGCAACAUACGUCCAAGAAAUGUGAGGAGGCUAUAUUGAGUAGGAAAACUGGUCAAAUACUGGUUUCUUAAUUAAUUACUUAAUCGUUACUUUUGAAAUUUCAUUAGCAAUGAGCUAUGGAAUUUUAUAUUUGCAAGGGUUAAUUAAUUAGUUGAAUGUAUUUCGGUAAAUUUAGAACGACGAAUAAGAAGAAAACACUGAAAAUACAGCUAGUGAUUGAGUUGUUGAAGAAAAAGUCCAAAUGGGGGAGAUUGUAGCUACCCUAACUAUGUGAAUCGGAUCAUGACAUUAAAUCUAAACCUAAAUAUAUGUAAUAAAGUAUUAUAUAGCUAUACGUAUAAGAUGAGCUCCAUAAUGUUAUUAGAAUGGAUCAGGAUAAUUGUAUAUGCAAGAAUGUAAAGAACACACAGAUUUACGUGAUUUACUAACACAAUGUGUGUUAGCUAGUCUACAGGCGGGAGAGAGUCAGUUUCAUUAUACUUAAGGAGAUAUGAGAAAUAUAUACUACUUCUCCAAACGGCCUAACCUUAGUCCCAUAUGGAAAAGAAUAAGGUUACAAACCAGGUUCAUAUAAUUUGAUUCAAGUUAUAUCAACAAAUCUCCACCUUAAGUUGAAUUCUCCCUCCAAAUAUCAUAUGUACUCAGAUCCUCUCACCCUUGCCUCAAUGCCCCUGAGGACUUCAUCAACUCGGGACAUUCAACAAGUCCAACCAAUGCUAGAACUUGCUACGUGGAAUCCGCUUCAUGAACAUAUCAACAGGAUUAUCAACAUUGCCACUUUCUUCAUCUUAAUUCUCUUAUAUGUUCUAAAAAAAUGAUACCUUACAUCAAAGUGUUUACUCCUCUCAUGAAAAGCUUGUUGCCAAUAGCUUUCAGUGAUAGCUUGAGAGUAGCUUUGAGGAUUAGUUUUUUAUAAACCCUUUGAGGAUUAGUUUAAGAGAGAUAAAAAAAAGGUACAAUGUUUAUGAAUGGGGGAUAAACUGGAAUAGGAUAAGUGAUAAAAAGGGAUAAACCAACUUAGAAUCAUGAUUCCCAGAUGAACUAUUAGCAAGAAAAGCUAUGUGGAAGUCCUGCAAAUACACUAGUUGUUUGGGUAAUUUCUAUGGCUUUCAAAGAGCCAUUGGUAAUGUGCCUUGUGGAAUUGUGGAAGGUGAGGAAGAAGAGGAAGGAACUUGUGGUUUGUGGUGAGUAUGAAAAUGGUGAUGGGUAAAUGGAGGGAGAUGAUGUUUUUGCAUCAGAAGGAUAAUAAUCAGAAUCAGGUGUUUCAUGAACAUUAUGAUCUCGAGGAAGACUAAAAGUUUGUCAGUCUUCAAAUGUAUGUUUUGGACUAGCGUGUGUAUGAUCAUGCUCUUUUGUGCUACUCUCUUCUGCUUUAAAAGAAAAUAACUCUUCUACAAACUUCACAUCCUUACUUAUGAAAACAUCAUGAGUCUCAAUAUCAUAGAGUUCGAAACCUUUUAUCCCAAUAGUAUAAUCCAAGAACACUACUCUCCUUGCCCUCUUUGCAAACUUCCUCUUGUGUUCAUCCAAUACUAUGACAUAAGACAUACAACCUAAGAUCCUUGAAGAGCUCUAUUCUAGUGGAACUUCAUACAAACAUUCAAAUGGUAUCUUAUUCUCUAAAGCAAGUGUAGGAGUUCUGUUAAUGAGGUAUGCAACCUGCAAUAUCAGAUGACUCCAAAAACAAGUGGAAACACCAUACUGAAAUUUAGUGCUCUGGCAACAUUCAACAAGUGUUGAUGUUUGCAUUUCACCCUUCCAUUUUGAUGUGUUGUCUUAACACAUCUCAUUUCAUGUAAAAUGUCAUGCUCUUUAUAAAAAGAAGGCAUAUUGAAACUCUUGCCCCCUAUCAUACUUGAUUACUCAUUAGAAACAACCACACACUUUUACAGAAGUCAUCCACAACAAUUAGAAAAUAUUUAAAUCAUUCAUAAGAUACCAUAUCGUCAAGCCCCCAUAUGUCAACAUGAACAAGUCUAAUUCCUUUCUCUUCUAGGUUUGCGAUUCUCACAUAAUUUCCUUAGCUUAACAUAGAUCUAAGAAAAUUUCAAGUCUCAU